AUGUCUGACGAGGAUUUUAUGCAGGAUUCGGACCAGGAGGAGUACGACUUCGAGUAUGAAGACGCGGACGAUGAUGAAUCUACCGAUAUUGGGAUUGAAAAUAAAUACUACAAUGCCAAACAGAUAAAAGUGGAUAAUCCCGAUGAAGCUAUUGAAGAGUUCCUCGGCGUAUCGCUACUAGAACAAGAUAAAGGCGAUUGGGGGUUCAAGGGAUUAAAACAAGCCAUAAAGCUGGAGUUCAAACUAGGGCGAUAUGCUGAUGCUGUUGAACAUUAUUGUGAACUGCUUACAUAUGUUAAAUCCGCUGUUACGAGAAACUAUUCGGAAAAAUCAAUUAAUAACAUGUUGGACUAUAUUGAAAAAGGUGCAGAAGAUGAAAAGGCAUACCACUGCAUGGAGAAGUUCUAUUCCUUAACAUUAAAUUCCUUCCAGAGUACCAAUAACGAGCGACUUUGGCUGAAGACAAAUAUCAAGUUGGCAAGGCUAUGGUUGGAUCGGAAAGAAUAUGGACAAUUAAGCAAGCAGCUUCGUGAACUGCACAAAGCUUGUCAGGAUCCCGAUGGACUAGACGACCCUGCAAAGGGAACAUACUCACUGGAGGUCUAUGCUCUGGAAAUCCAAAUGUAUGCAAUCACUGGGAACAACAAGAGACUAAAGGCGUUGUAUCAAAAGGCCUUAAAAGUCCGAUCAGCUGUGCCGCACCCCAAGAUCAUGGGUAUUAUUCGCGAAUGUGGAGGCAAAAUGCACAUGAGUGAGGAGAAUUGGAAGGAAGCGCAGAGUGACUUUUUCGAAUCAUUUCGAAAUUACGACGAGGCCGGUUCGAUUCAGCGAAUUCAGGUUCUGAAAUAUCUCGUUCUCACCACAAUGUUAAUGAAAUCUAACAUCAACCCCUUCGACUCUCAAGAAACAAAGCCGUACAAGAAUGAUCCUCGAAUAUCCGCCAUGACCAGUCUCGUCGACGCUUUCCAGCGAGACGAUAUUCACGCUUACGAAGCCAUUCUUCAAGAAAAUCAGGACCUGCUCGCCGACCCCUUCAUCGCCGAAAACAUCGACGAGGUCAGCCGGACCAUGCGCACCAAGGCCGUUCUCAAACUCAUCGCCCCUUAUUCUCGCUUCUCUCUCGAAUUUGUAUCCAGACGCCUCAAACUCGCCGUGUCGGAAGUACAGGACAUCCUCUCUUACCUUAUUCUGGACAAACGACUGCAUAACGCUACAAUAGACCAAGAGCACGGGAUGGUAGUCAUUGCGCCUCCGCCAGAAUCCGAUAGGAUGGCUGCGCUUAGUACAUGGACGAGUGAACUGGAUGCCCUGGGAAAGGCGGUGUUGAGUCAGGCGGAUGGGUUCAAAAUCGAAGAAUUCGGAUACAUGUCAAGGUCGUUCCCGGGCGGGCCGGGAUUUGGACGUAGUGCAGAUUUCGCGUCAUCGCGGGCUUUGGGCAGACACCCGCAGAGUCGAAUGAAGCACAGCGCGAAGGGGAAGCUGGCGGUGGGGAGGACAGCUAGAUGA